UACAAGAUGGCUGACAGCGCGAAAAAUUCCUCGUCAAAACAGAAAAGCCACCCGGUAUAUCUUGAUUCCUUAAUGAUCGAAUUCUUAAUAAUUUUAAAGUUUAAAAAAUAUAUUUUUUUUUAAAAUAAAUACACAUUAUUUUGGUUUGAUUGAGUUUUUUGAUUAGACUACACUACACUUACACUAUUAUUUUGAAACUUAUCAGGUCAGAUCACCACAUACAUACAAUGUAAUAAUGUAAUGUCACCAGGGCUGACUGAAAUCAUGAACUUAAGUAGUUUAAACUAGCACUAACUUAGUAACUUUCACAAAAUUUUGAUGUGCAGUAGUAACUUACACUUUUAAUAUCAUACUUAUUCAUUGAACUUAUUCCCUAACAUUACAAUUGAGAUUAAAAUUUGGCCAGCACUAGGCACUUCAUACACCGCGGCGGUGUACCUAGCUUAAACCAUUGACUUUGGCCUGCGUACACUGUGGCAGUGUACCUAGUUAAAUCAUUGGCUGUGGCCUGCGUACACCUCAGCCAUUUAGAGUCUUUAACUUUUUGGCCUAACCGGUACUUGUAGAUUUAAUGUUAUUGUUAUACUCUUCUAUUUAUUUAAAAAUCAUUUGAUACCUUGGGCCUUGGGAGGAAGAUAUUGGGUAAGUUCCACACUUAUGUGGCAAAGUACUUGUAAAGGGCAUUUCUUAGUAUUUAUUGGAAAGGAGGGGGGUGGAUGUAUAAUGUUAAACCAUGAUUUAUUUUUAAAGUUAACCACUUUAUUUCCCCCCCACAUAUUGAAAUACAAAUAUAUUUAUUUUUUGUAAGUUUUAUCCUUUGAUUGUCAAUCUUAAUAGGCAUAAAAAGGGUAACUAAUUUUAAAUCAAUUCCCCGCCCCAGUUUUUUUUUUUUAUUUGGUGGGGUGGCAUUAUAAUUAUAACAUUGUAUAUCCCUCGGGGCGUGGUGAAUGGGAAGCCAGUGUAUCUAUUUUAUUAACUCCAAGAUAUAAUUACGCCACAAAUACAUUACAGGCAGAGAAUCACAUACAUUGUCAUGAAGUUAAAGUUGUCCGAGGCUAACCAUUGUCAUUGUGAUAUCAAGCGAUUGUCAACACAAAACAACAGUAUGAUGAUCAAUACGAAACACUGCAGUUAUUUUUUAAAGUCUUUUUACAAUAAUUAAAUAUCAUUGGAUUAGUUUUAAAUUGGAAUUACACAUUAGUAAAAAAUGCUGCUGGACAUCAGCAAAAAGUUAAGUUUAAUGUGUGUGGAGGUCCUAUAUGGACAACCCCUAUCCAGAGCCGUGAUUUGUGUAAGCCCCCUGUUUGGUUUUGCGCCCCCUGUUGAGCCUCUCCCCAUGACUCACCCUCAUACCCCAGCAUGGAUCGAUUUCUUAACUUAAAACAACAAAUUAAAAAAAACUUGUUCAAUGUGGUUUCUGUGAGACAACGUCAUGUUUUACCCUGAGAAUAGCACAUGCCAUGCCAUUCUGGAAAAAAAUUCAGUCAUGAACAUGGUAAACGCAGAUCUAUGGCUUUGUUUUACAGUUUGCUACGGCGCCGUAAGUUUCUAAAAUUGUGGUGUUUUCAAAAGAUUUGCUGUGAGACUGAGGGUUGUGAAUGAACCGUGGAUAUUGUGUGUAAAUUUUGCAAGUGAAAGCAAGAUGGUUGAAAUGUGACCAUGCACAUUAAUAUUCAUAUGAUAUUAUUGAUAUACUGGUAUUUUCUUUGGGUGUUUGUAAAAGUAAAAUGUAAAUAUUUAACUACAUGAAGAAUGUUGAAAUACAAUAAAAUGCUUAGUAUUCAAAAUGGUUCUCUUAUACAUGUUACAUACACUAUACAUGUGCUUUCAAUUUGUUUUCUAAUGUCUUAUAACCUGUAUUUUCAAAGUCAAAAGGCAGACAAAACUUGUUGAAACAUUUAAUAAUCUGAAUAUAAUAUAAAUUUAAAAUUUUUAAAUUGCUUCAAAAUAUUUAAAAACUUCUCUUGAAACUACUGUUGCAAAUGAACUUAAUAAUUUAAAUAUAAAAUAUUAUUAAUUAAAUUGGACAAAAAUAUAUAAAAACUCGAUCCCCUACUGGGAAUUGAUCACAAAAUAUAAUAUUGCCAAGCGUCUACUCUACCACAAGACCACACAAGAUCUUAUCUAACAGGGAUAUCUUAAAACGAGGCCAAUAGUACAUUUUUGUCACGGUGUACGUAGGCCUAAGUCCAUGGUUUUGCUAGGUACACCGUCGCGGUGCAUGGAACAACUUUGUUAAAAUUUUUGUAUAACAAUUUUUAGGCUGAGGCUGCUUAGUUAAAAUAGAACAACAACAACAAAAGAUCAUUAAAACCAUAAAUCAAUACAUUCAAAUCAUCACAAUGUCUAUAAGAAAUCUGUAUAAAUUGUUUGUUUAUGCUAAGCCUAGUACUUAAAAACUAGACUAAAUAAUAUAAUGAAGUCAUUGUUAUGUAGUAAGUUCAUCCAUCAAAAUCAAUUAAGACCAUUUUAAGCAUUCAAUUUGUUUUGUGACUGAUUCUGUCUGUGGGUGCACAGGUGACUAAAGUUAAAGACAACUAUCACUAAAUAAGUUGAAUCCAAUGAAUUUAAUGUGUAUGCUUUCAGUAGAUCAGAAUAAAUAUCAUCUGUAGAGGCUCUCUCUCUCUCUAUAUAUAUAUAUAUAUAUAUAUUAUAUAUAUUUAUAAUAUAUAUAUUAUACAUAUAUAUAUAUAUAUAUAUAUAUAUAUAUAUACACACACAUAGACAUAUAUUACAUAUCAUCAACUGUACCUGAUAUAUUACUUCCUACUGAUAUUAUUUAAUUAAGAUUUUGUUAAUCUCCUAAGUCACCUAAGUAAUAAAAAUAAUCAUCAUUAAUUGAACUUUAAAUUUUGCAAAGAAAGAACUGGUAUUUCAAUAGUUUUUCUUUGGAGAAUCAACUAGCUUGUGUUAAUAAUUGAUAAUAACCAUGCUUCAAAUGAAAGUAAAUAUCAGUUUAUUUUUAAAUGAUACAAAAUGAGAUCUCUUAACUAACGGAAUAUUGUAUCUGAUAAUUUCAAUAAAAAUAUGCGCCCAAGAAAUAAACAAUGUGUUCAGCUAUAUGUUGUUAAAGAAGUCAUUUAAUCACCUAAUGAGUGAAAAAUCAAAUGUAAGCAAUUCUUUUAUGCUUUUAUUUGAUUAAUAUUGCCUAAUAAAGAAGACCAACUAAUUAAUUUGACUAUUUUGUGUAAAGCUAAUUAAGUAGACUGUUUUGUGUAAAGCUUAACUGCAAGUUGAGAUAUUCCCUCAAACAAGUCUGUCAAGGAUGUAACACACAAGCUAUUUUAUUUCUUCUUCAGAAUAAGUUAAAAACAGCCAACGCUGUGAGCUUGGGACAAAAGUCAGGGGGUGAUAAUAAACAGAGCUCAGACAUACAGAGCAGAGAAGCGGAGUACAAGUAAAAAAUUAUUGUCAUUUUGUAAAAAUGAUUUCUCUGAAUAAUCAAAUGUACUGUUUGAAUAACAUUAAUUACAACUACAGGUUAUUUAACUUAUGUUUAACAAGGGUUUAAACAAAUAUUGUUCUUUGCACUUUUAUCAUUAUAGUGUUGAACAUUUAAGAAAAAUAUUAUUUUUGUAACAUUGAUGGGAACAUUGGAACAAAAAAGCAAAAUAUUUGAUUAAGUGUUAUAUAUAUUUAGAGAAUUUCAAUUAAUGAUUUACAAGGAAAAAAAUAAAAUGAAACAAGAAAGUCUGCCUAAAUUGUAACAUUUCUGUUUACAUCAGUAGUUCUCCACCUUCAUAAUGCCGUGACCCUUUAAUACAGUUCCUCAUGUUGUGGUGACCCCUAACCGCAAAAUUAUUUUCGUUGCUACCUCAUAACUGUACGGUAUAUGUGUUUUCCGAUGGUCUUAGGCGACCCACGGGAAAGGGUCGUUCGACCCUUAAAGGGGUCGCGACCCACAGGUUGAGAACCGCUGGUUGACAUGUUUAAUAAAUGCACAUUCAUAAAUUGUUUCUUCUAGACGAUUAAAUGCAGAACUAGAAGCGAAGACUGCAUCAUUGGUUCAAGAAGCAGAAAUGGUUAUGGUAAGGCGUUGUUGAGUUUUAGUUAUGAAAACCUGAUUAAUGUUUGCAAAGUCUGUCAUAAAAUUUUACUGGUGUGCUGUAUUGUGAAUAACUGGGCUUUGUUCUAUUUACACAGCUCCAUAAGAGGAGACGUUCUUAGCAUUUACAGGAGAAAAAAAAAGGAAAUAUUUCUUGAAAAUAUUUUUUUUCAUUGUUAUAGAAUAAAUAUACUUACACCAGCAAAAAGUAUAAUACCUGCCACUUCCACAAGAAGACAAAACCAAAAUUAUUUCAGAGGACAAGGUGACAGAGCACCAUUUAUUUGUCAACUCGUGGUCACUUAUAUUACUUUUGGCGUACCUACAUUUUAAAACAUUUUUUGUCAUCACAUGUCAACGAAUUUCUGAAAUAGGGAUAUCUAAGUUAUAUAAUUAAAUGUCAAUGUUAUUUUAUCUUACGCUCAUUGAUAUUAUUACUAUAAAAGAAAACUUGAUAAUGAUGUAUUUCAGAGGGAACAAGAAAAUGUCCUGGCAAAAUCUCAUCUCUUAGACAACAUCAAUGCUGAAGAGUUUUUACAGUAAGUUGACAUAGCAGUACUUACUUACUUAUGCCUUUUACCCAGUCUAGAAUAUUCCAUUCUUCUCGGUCCUGUGCUUCCCUAUCCACCUUCAUCUUUUUCUCAAGCUGUCUUCAGCAAUAGGCUCCUGGUAUGUCCUUUCCAGUAAGUCUUUGUUGUUGAUUGUGUUUGGCCAUUUGAUGUUCAGGAUUUUUAUAAGGCAAAUGUUUAUGAAAGUCUGUACUCUGCAUAAUUCUUGCUGUUGUUCUCGAAGUUGCAGCUCCAUAGAUUGGGACUGUUUUGACAUUUGUUGAAAAUUCUGACUUUGGUUUGCAGAGUCAGCUCCUUUGACUCCCAUAUUUUCUUUACUAGCACAAAUGCUGACCUAGACUUUCCAAUUCUAGCCCAGAAGUUGACAUAGACUGAAUGAAAUAACUGUACAUUAAUAUUAUUUACAUGUGUUUCUAUUUUACAGAGUUGAUGAUAAAUUUGUAAAAUUAGUUUUCUUGUUUCAGAGAAUGGGAUGAAGGUUAUGAUGAAACAGAAAGAAAAUCCAGGAAGCCACAGGUGAGACAGUUUUAGAUAAUGUUGGUGCUAAGAGCUAAUUGUUUCAUUCAUCAUCAUUGUCAUCAUGUCCCUUAGUCCUUGGACCAUUGGGUGCCACAGAUGACAUGAAAACUAUCUUUCUCCAUUCCUCCCUUGUUUUCUGCACAUUGCACAACAUCGCCUAAUUUUAGUCCCGUCCACUCCUUUGAUGUUAUUUUCUUAUCUUUUUCUCUGUCUUCCUCUUCUUCUCCCUCUUUUCGCUGUGCCCUGCAUGAUUUAGGUUUCAUUAGGUUAUUUCAAAGCAUCUUUAUUUUAGAUCACUGGUAUCAACCUACCGUUUGAUGUGAUGCUUAGAAAUUAUUGUGCUUAGUUGCAUAGAGGGGAUAAAAAGUCUCAUCUGAAAAUAACAAUUCUGGCAUAAGCAAAAUUUUUAUUUUCUGCCACAAAAGUAAAUUACAGAAGUUGGAGAUACCUGAUCAUUGAUAGAAUGUCGUUUGUGUCCUUGGCCAAGUAUUUAAAAAUAAUUCCAGUUGGUGGGUCCUUUCUUUAACAAAUUAAUUUUAUUUUUAUGUAUUUUAGGAUUCCAGUCCCAGGCCUCCUUCAAAAUUGAAUAACAUAAGCAGACCAACAUCAGGGAAGAGGGCUGCUGGUAGUGUCAGGUAAUAUUUGUGAAGAAGGUGGCCUUUUAGAUGUCUUGUUAUAUCAGAGAGAAUGGUGGCUAUUGGAAAGGAGUCAGGUAACAUUAGGGCAAAGGGUGGUUAUUGGAACUGUAAGGUAAUAUGAAGGAAGAAAGUGGCCAUGACAAGUGUCAGGUAAUGAGUUAAAGGUGUAACAUUAAUUUGAAUUUUUUAGUGCGUAUUUUUAAAAAUGUAUUUAAGUAACACUAGCUGCUUAAUUCUGAUUUAUGAUGUAUAGUUAUAGCCACCCAAUAACGUUGUUCAAGAUUGGUCAGUUUAAAAAUGAAAAUUUUAGCAGUUUUGAAACAAAUGCAAUUUCCAUUUUGAUUGCAUUAAAUAAUUUAUAAUAACUGAUUAAUUUAAUGACUUUUGCUAAUGCUGUGGUUGUAAUUAAUCUAUUUGUAAUUAGUCUAGUUUUAAUUCAUUAAUAAUAUAUGCUGUUCUGAAUGCAGUAAGAAGAAACCCAAACCACAGCCACAUGUGGCCGAUGAUGUGGCUGUACCAGAGGACAGCUUCAUAACAGCACUGCACCAAGAGUUCUCUGACUUGUCCGCCAGACUGGGACAGGAUGGAGAUGUUACUGUGGAAGAUGACGUGGAUGAUAUUUUACCCCAGGGCGCAGCAGAUAUGGGGACAGGUAGAUAAUAAUUCAAUUACCUGGGUCUCGGGGACAGGUGCACAAGGUUUCACUUACCUGAGGCGUGGGGACAUGUACACAAGAUUUCACUACCUGGGGCGUGGGGACAUGUGCACAAGGUUUCACUUAUCUGGGGCAUGGGGACAGGUACACAAGGUUUCACUUAUCUGGGGCAUGGGGACAGGUACACAAGGUUUCACUUAUCUGGGGCAUGGGGACAGGUACACAAGGUUUCACUCAUUAGGGGCAGGAAGACAUGUACAUAAGGUUUCACGUACCUGGGGCUUGUGGACAGGUACACAAUGUUUCUCUCAUGAGGGGAAUGAAGACAUGUACACAAUGUUUCACUUCUGUGGGUCAUGAAAUCAUGUACACAAGAUUUCACUUACCUGGGGCAUGGGGACAGGUUAACAAGGAUUCACUUAUUUGGGGAAUAGGGACAGGUACACACGGUUUCUCUUACCUGGGACAUGGGAACAGGUACAGAAGUGUUUUGCUUAUCUGGGACAUUGGGGCCAGUUUAUUAAACAAGGUUUGUAGCCUACUACAAGGGACAUGGGGACGGAUUACACAAUAUUUCAUAGACCUGGGACUUGUAUCCAUGUGCGUGGCCUUCCUAUCGUAUGACAGAGUGUUCAAUUAUCCCCCUCACCCUAUAUAUAUAUAUACACAUAUAUAUAUAUAUAUAUCUAUCUAUAUAUCUAUCUAUAUAUCUAUCUGUCUGUCUGUCUGUCCGUCCGUCCGUCCGUCGGUCUGUCUAUUUAUCUCUAUAUAUAUCUAUAUACAUCUAUAUAUAUCUAUAUAUCUAUAUAUCUAUAUAUAUCUAUAUAUCUAUAUAUCCAUAUCUCUAUAUAUAUCUAUAUCUCUAUUUAUAUCUAUAUCUCUAUAUAUAUCUAUAUAUAGUACAAAAACAUGAGCAAUCAGAAUUAUUGCACCUGUGGGAAUUUUCCCAAAAAUAAUGCAAUCAGAUUUGUGUCAUGCAUAACUAUGCCACACAGAACUGGAGCCAAUAUUUGAAUAACACCUAGUGCAGUUGUAAAAGUUUGAAUUCAUUCCAUCAACUUGUGUCAACAGAGGCAAUGCUGAGGUUCCUGAAAGCCAAGUUGAGAGUCAUGCAAGAGGAAGUCGACAGGCUGGUGCAUGAGAAUCACUUAAAGGUAGUUGUACUAGUGAUAGAUUAUUCUUUAUAUAUUAAACAUUCACUGUAUAUUAGUGAAUUUGAGAAACAAAGAUUUCAGCUAGAAAAGAAACAAAGAUUUCAGUUGCAAAAGAGAGAAAGAUUUCCGUUAGAAAUGGCUUUUGUUAAUGAUUUAAUGCACAGCAAAAAAAAUGUCAACAAUUGGAAUUAGACGGUGAAUUUUAAUCAUUACCUAGUGAAAGGUCCACAGAUGUGUCACAGAGAUCAAAGAGUAAAAAUAAUAUUUAAGAGCAUUUCACCAACAAAAUACAUGGUAUCUAAUAUAAUAGCUUAAAUAAUUGGGUUUAACAAUGUAUAAAAGAAAGGGUUUUGUUCUUUUGAAGAACUCAAAAAAAAAAUUUUUUCUUAACACUUGAGAUUUAAUUCUAGGGGUUAGUUUGCAGCAAGGUAUAAAAAUGUUAAGUUAUUCUGGACUAACUGGGGUAAUGCAUUCAUGUUGCUCUUGUAAUUUAAUGGAAGAGGUGCAUGAUCUAUAUUAAUAAUCCAGAUGACACUCCAUACAUCCACCAACGUUUAGUUGUAUUGACUCUUUAGUCUUAAGAGUUUAUUAAAUCCUUUUUAGAAAUAAAUGCAUAAAUAAAGAAGAAGGUUAACAGAGAAUAUGUUCUUGUGUGAAUUUGGUGUGUACAAGGGGGAGUGGUGGCAAGCAGCAAAUGAGAGCGCAUCACAGUGUGCAUCGGGGUGGACAAGACCCACUCUGGGAUUAUAUUAUAAGAUAACUGUAAUCAAUUUCAAGGACAACAAAUAAACCACAACAUAUUUUAGCUUUACUUUGCUUAAACUUAAAGCAAUAAGAAAGAUUCAUAUUUACUUUAGACCAGCCUUUUUUGCUUCUUUUUUGUCAUUUUGAAAAUCUGUAAUGAAAAUAGUUAUUCUCCUAACUUUGUUCUUGCGUAUGUAAGGAGGAAGAAAACAGGCAACUCACGCAGAAACUGAAGGACACUGAAGAGGACAGGAACCGCCUGAUGAGGACCACCUCUGCCCAGCAGCAGCAGAUGGACAAACACAAGAAAAUGGCUGAGGAGAUGAAAGGAAAAAGUGACAGUCUGGAGGCACAAAUGAGUGCUAUGAAAAAGGUUCAGAAUCCUCAACUUCUCCAAGUUAUUUGUAUUAUUUCUAUAUAUGCCAACCUGAGUGAUAAGAAAACUGUACAACAGCAUGAAAAAUUGUACAGUAAGAAAUGAAAAGUUGAAAAUAGUAUCACUUGUAACUUUUUCAUCAUAGUUUACUUGUCUGUUUUUUUGUCUUUUUUUAAUCUCCCCUUUGCUGUGCGCACAUGUUUACAUCAUUUGUAAAUGGAUAGGUCGCAUUUUUAAAAUGAAAAUUGCUUGUUUUAAAGACAGAUUUUCAUCAAAUUUUGAGUUUUUUUUUUUAUACACUGGUCUAAAGUCAUAAAAAAAAAACAUUUGACCCAAAUCAUGAAGUGGAUAUCAAUUUAUAUGUAAUAAGGCAUAAUUUUUUAGGUUAGUUAUGCCAGCUGUUGUAAUACAGAUUCCUGCAUUUAAAUUGACAAAAUAAAGUAUGGUCACGUCAGUCUUGAAAAAGUUACUGAGUUCAGUUUAUCGUCAACAUCAAACAUCAUUUUUUUCACUAUAAGAUUCUGGAGGAAAAUGCCAUGACUUUUUAAAAAACAGCUCUAUGCGCUAUGUGGAUAUAAUAUGUGGAUACAAUAUGUUACUUGGAAGUUUGCAGCUGGAGUAAAAUAAUAAAAAGAAAAAUAACAGAAUAUAAUAUAGCCUACAAUUCUGAUUUCGGCUCUCAAUAACAUAUACUUACACAACGAAGAAGACCCCAACCAAUUUUAGUUUCAGAAAGCGUUAACGUGUUAAAUCAAGCCAGGCUGUAGUAAUAAACAGGAAUAAUCACUAAUGACUAAAGUUAAUCAUCUAACAGAAAUUAAAAGAGCACUUACUUACACUGCAGAUUGUAUAAUGAAUUACACAGAUUUGUUAUUAUGGGGUACUACUCAAAGUAGUUACUACAGUACUAUGUGAUAUCAGUGAAACUGUGCUCAGUUUCUAACUUUGGAUGGCCAAUGUUGAAUUAAUUGAACCAACAGUUGUACAAAAAUUAUUUAUUUUCUAAAUCCAAUAAAAUCCAUACGGCGAUGCACCUCAGCAAACGUAUAAAAUCUGCACAAAAUAGGGGUGAACCAUGCAGGUUGGCAUGUAUGUAUUUAAAAAUUGAAAUCAUAUGAAAAUCAUGAGAGCAUAAGAGCGUAGUGGCUAUAAUUUUUUAUCAGAGCUUAACACAGUAGUGGCUAUAAUUUUAUUAGAGCUUAACAUAGUAGUGGCUAUAAUUUUUUAUCAGAGCUUAACAUUGUAGUGGCUAUAAUUUUAUUAGAGCUUAACAUAGUAGGGGCUAUAAUUUUAUUAGAGCUUAACAUAGUAUGGGCUAUAAUUUUUUAUCAGAGCUUAACAUAGUAGUGGCUAUAAUUUUUUAUCAGAGCUCAACAUAGUAGGGGCUAUAAUUUUAUUAGAGCUUAACAUAGUAGUGGCUAUAAUUUUAUUAGAGCUUAACAUAGUAGUGGCUAUAAUUUUAUUAGAGCUUAACAUAGUAGGGGCUAUAAUUUUAUUAGAGCUUAACAUAGUAGUGGCUAUAAUUUUAUUAGAGCUUAACAUAGUAGUGGCUAUAAUUUUAUUAGAGCUUAACAUAGUAGGGGCUAUAAUUUUUUAUCAGAGCUUAACAUAGUAGUGGCUAUAAUUUUAUUAGAGCUUAACAUAGUAGUGGCUAUAAUUUUAUUAGAGCUUAACAUAGUAGUGGCUAUAAUUUUAUCAGAGCUUAACAUAGUAGUGGCUAUAAUUUUAUUAGAGCUCAACAUAGUAGUGGCUAUAAUUUUAUUAGAGCUUAACAUAGUAGUGGCUAUAAUUUUAUCAGAGCUUAACAUAGUAGUGGCUAUAAUUUUAUUAGAGCUUAAUAAAGUUGGGUAUAUAAAUUUAAAUUACUUUUAGUUAAUUAUUUUAACAAAAAUAUUGGCAAAAGUUAUUGUAACAGUGAUAUCCAAAACAUAGUUUUCCGAUGAUUAUCAUAAAGUUCUGUAAAAAUUUCUACAGGAAGUUGAUCAGAUGAAAAGAAACCAGAAACAGCAGCAGACGUCACAGUCUGCCACGGAGGUGAGGCUGAACAGAGCCUUGGAGGAGAUCGAGAAGUACAGGGAAGAGCUAAGCAAAGCUAAGACAACAUCAAAGGUCAGGGUAAUUUUGUUCAGCGGCAGAAUACAGCAGGUUUGACAGUAAGCAUGACAGCAGAUGUGACAGCCACAAACACCCCCCCCCCCCCAAUGUUUGUGACUGACAAUUUGUUAUUUCAGUGUUCUGUAACACGUUAUUUGAUGUAGUAGUAUACGACUGGAUUGAAUGCUCUGAAGGAUGUUUGCAGACAAUGGGAAAUUAAUGAACUAAUCCCCAAAUGCAUUUUUUAAAAUCAUAAGCUAUUAAUUGUGUACAGGCACUGGAAUCUGUUUUUGAGCAUAUUCUUAUCUAUGACUGAAAGUUUUUUUGAGUCUGUGUUCUUGUGUCAUGAAAUGAACCGUCGCUAGUUCAUCUGCAUUAACCGUCACUAUUUCAUCUGCCCAUGUCAUCUCAUAAUUCAUUUGUUAGUUCUGAUUUAAAAAUUUAUUAUAAAAAAUCAAACGUCCAAUCCUAGGAUGCCCACGACAGUGACAAGAAGAGGGUGGAACAGCUGAUGGCUGAGAACAAGAGAUUGGAGAAACAGAAAAAUGAGCUCAUGUCCGGUUUCAAGAAACAGAUGAAGCUCAUUGAUGUACUCAAACGACAGAAGGUAUGAAGAAGGGGGGAAGUGGGGCGGAGGGGGGGGAGGUUGCUGGAAAUUUGUUUGAAAGAAAUUUCGCCAAGGGAAAUUUGAUCGAAUGGAAACUCGAUCCAACCUUUUUUCAGUUCACAUGUUAAAAUUUUCCGAAUACGAAAAAAAAAAGGGUUAGCAAAAGGGGUGUCCAGCUUUCUUGGAUGAGAGUCAAAGAAAUUAUUUCCAACCAGUCUCUGGAUCUCAUUUGGAAAAUCUGCUCACGGAAACAUUGUAAUUAAUUUAGUUUAAAAAGAAAAAAAAAGAAAUAAAGCAGUGCAGCAAUGGAGAGAUCUCAAAUUAAUUUUUAUUAUUUUCAAUGUGAGGUUUUUUCACACCGCUUCUCUUGAAGAAUUUGUUGUAGUUAUAAUUACACAAUUUAAAAAAAAAAUUUAGUCUGGGUUCGGGUUGUAUGGGAAAUGAUAUGGAAACAACAUCAUCAUCUUCUUCUUAGGAAGUGUUGCGACAAGUGGGACAAAGGCCAUUCACACUAUCUGUCCCUCUACCAUGCUGUUCUGAGACACUCUAUAUGAACUUGUAACAUUAUAGAAUAGUGAUAUGUCGUGUAGUAAGAAAUAGUGAAGUAAGCAAGUGCCUGUUUGAAAAAAAUUUGUUGUCCCCAACUCGUGCUCUCAGAAAUUUUGCUGCAAACCACUAUUCUGAGAAUAUCAGUAUUUGAAUUACAUUUUUUUUUUAUACAGAGCUUCUGAGUAACAACCAGAUAGGGCAAUAAUGUUAAUAAUUCAUAAUGUAGGACUCCACUGAGAUAGAAGGGUUUGUAAAUUUUAAUAUGUCCCAUUAGGUGGGAUGGACCAUCAAAAAUACGAUUGGCCACCAAUAGUUGAUUUUAACCAUCAGGACUUAAGGCCAAACAGAAUUGCAGGAGUUUUACUUGUUAGUAAUUUUUGUUUUAAUGCAAUAUGAGUUAUAAUAUUUAGGAUUUAGGAGGAAAUAAUUAAUGAAAAUUAUUGUAAAUCUUCCAUAGUUGAAAUGUUCGUUUCUUUAUCUCCAGAUGCACAUAGAGGCAGCCAAGAUGAUGCAGUUCUCAGAGGAAGAGUUCGUUAAAGCUUUAGAAUGGGGUAGUUAGUUGGUAGAAUAGGGUAGUUAGUGGG